UUUAUGUAAAUGCCAAACGCGCCCUUAAUUAAUCCAUAAGGUUCGAAGGCAGAGAGUAAAGAAUUUGCCAUUUUUCCCUCUUUUGACUUGGCUGGACUUGAGGAAGCUUCAGGCAGGUAUAGGAACUACGCGUCAAUACGAAACAGGCAAAAUAUGGCGAAUGCGGCAGCUGUUGCUGAGAGGGCUACUAGUGAUUUGCUGAUUGGUCCAGAUUGGGCAGUGAAUAUAGAGCUAUGUGAUUUAAUAAACAUGGAUCCCGGGCAAGCCAAGGAGGCAUUGAAGACACUUAAGAAAAAAUUGGGGAAUAAAAGCCCUAACAUACAGCUCCUUGCGCUGUUUGUGCUGGAGACUCUAAGCAAAAAUUGUGGGGAACAUGUUUUUCAACAGAUCGCUGAGCGGGAUAUCUUACAUGAUAUGGUCAAAAUUGUUAAGAAGAAGCCCGAUUUAAAUGUAAGAGAAAAGAUCCUAACUUUGAUUGAUACCUGGCAAGAGGCUUUAGGGGGAGCAGGUGGAAGGUUUCCCCAGUAUUUUGUGGCUUACAAUGAAUUGAAGUCUGCUGGGGUAGAUUUUCCACCUCGAGAGGGAAAUAGUGUUCCAUUAUUCACUCCACCACAAACACAUCCAAUAGUUCAACCUACUUCUCAGUAUGAGGAAGUGGCUGUUCAAGCCUCUCUUGAAUCUGAUACUUCUGGACUCAGCUUGCCGGAGAUGCUAAAUGCUGAGGGAAUCGCAGAUGUUCUUAUGGAAAUGCUAACUGCCCUGGAUCCAAAUAAUCCUCAGGGAUUGAAGGAUGAGAUCAUUGUCGACUUAAUUGAUCAAUGCCGUUCAUACCAAAAGCGAGUCAUGGUUCUUGUGAAUAAUACUGGAGACGAAGACCUUCUAUGCAAGGGAUUGGCUUUGAAUGAUAACUUGCAGCGAGUUGUCAGUAGACACGAUGACAUUGCCAAAGGGACUCUAGGAGCUUCAGCGGCGAGUAUAGAACCUCCAGUCGCACCUCUUAUGAAUGUGAAUCAUGAAGAUGAAGAGUCGGAAGAUGAUUUUGCUCAGUUAGCACGCAGAUCAUCAAGGGAUACUUCACAAGGACUUGGCAAGAAACCAGCAGUUGUCAAGAAUGAGGCGUUACACAUCAGCCCUUUUCUUCCUCCUCCUCCAUCAUCCAGGAAUCCAGUAAGUUCAGACUCUUCCAUGGUCGAUUAUCUCAGUGGCGACACCUAUGAGGCAGAACGAUCCUCCAGAGCAUCGGGAUCUGCAAGUACCCCGGUGCCAGCUCAUUCAAGCAACCAGAAGUCGACUCCUCCCCCAAACCCCACAGUGUCUCCCUCUGAUGAUUUCAUCAACCCGACAGCAGAAAUGUUUGCCCCAAAACCAGCAUAUGACGAACCUACCCCUGCAAGCAAAUCGGCUGACAGUUUGCCUUCUGCUCCUUGGGAUGUUCCACCGGGCAACCUUCCGCCUCCACCUUCCAAGUACAACCAGAGACAACAGUUUUUCGAGCAAGGCCAGGCUCCUGGUGGCGGGCCAUCUCAUUCGAGUAGUGGGUCAGGCUCUUCUUAUGAUAGCUUAGCCGCGCAAACCCAGAACCUCUCAAUCAAGGCACCAGCUCCAUCCAAGCCAGGAAAGAGCGAAGACGCCCUCUUCAGAGACCUCGUUGAUUUUGCCAAGGCCAAGUCGUCGUCACCCAAUCCGAACCGCUCGCAUUAGGAGAACUCUACUAUGCCCAGCUUGGUUGUUGUGUGCACAUCAUUGUGACUUGCUGUAAUAUGUUUGGACCUCAACUUCCGAGGUAUGAGAUUGUGUUUUUCUCUGCUUAUUACUGUCCUUUCCCUUUGUGAAUAUACUUCAAUUCGGCUUCCAUUGUAUUUCUCAUGGUGGCUCAGGCCUUCCAUUUGUAUCGGAGUUUUAGUGUGCUGCAACCCUUUGGUUGUAGAUUCAAAGAGAAUAUCAUUUAUCUACAUCAGAUUUUUAACUGUUGGAACA